UCCCCCCCCCCCUCUUCUUUCCCAGGCCCAAUGAGGUCAGCGCCGGAAUAAAACCGCUGCAGUUUCCCGAGACGCCCUGACUCGGCUUGGGGCUUCUUCGCACAUCCUCUGCGUGGCUGCCACGAAGUCGGGCAGGUGGGGAAACGGGCAGCGUCGCGACGUUCCGCCGCUGCUUUGAUUUCCCCACGUGACGAGAUCCCGGGAGACCACUGCGGGGAGAGGGGAGAUAGCGGAAGGUUCUUGGUGUUAGGUCCAGGUUGGCUCUAGGGAGUGUUUCUAAUUACCGGCAGGAGAGAAUACGAGUCGCUCGGGGUUCAACUGAGAGCAGCAUCGCAGGAUUUCUCGUUGGUUAUGACGCCGUAGGGUGCGAGCCACCGUUUGUCCGGAUGGAUGAGCAGCCUGGGCUUGGGAUCGCCAAGCCGUGAAGGGAUCCCUCGGCGGAUGCCCUUGAGAGCCGGCGUUGGCUGCACCUGUGCAGCGGUCCGAUGUGCCGCCGCGGAAAUUCCGGAGGGAAAAAGGCUGGUACUGCUGCAUGUUAAAUAUGGAUUAUUUUAAGUUUCAUCACAGUUUUUUCCUCCCAGCUAGAAGAGACUGUUUUUAACUAUGCUGGACUUUGUAGGCAUAGACAAAUCUGUUUUGAAGCUACCGAAUGGAUCCAUCCUCACCGAUCUGUGGAAGUACUUUGGAACAUGUGGCUUGUGGUAGCACUUUAAAAAAAGUAGCUUCAGCUAGAGGAUUCAGUCCGUUCACAUGAGAAAUGAGGACUGCUUGUUGCUUCAGGAAUUUAAAAGCAAGCUUCCAGUCAGUGGCUGCAUCUUUUGCAUCUAAGAUUGUGAGCUAACCUCUUGGAACAAUUUCAAAACUCCACCCCUUUUAUUAUAGGCACAUUGUUCUUCAUGUGGUGAAUAGGCUUGCUUUGUGUUGAGUGGCAGUGCUGUUGACAAGGCUUCUGUGUGUGCUUCUUUCACCAGCCGAGGGAGGGAGGGAGGGAGGGCAGGAAGACAAUGAGCCAGAGAGGGCUGAAUAUUUCAGCAACACCUCUGAUUUAGCCAUGAGCCAGCCGCCUAGCGGAGGUGGUCCUGCAACCGCCUCUCCUCGUUUGCUUCCUGAGGGCAGCAGCAGCCGAACUAAGCAGCAGCGUGCAUUCUCUCCGGGCAGACCCAAGGAGUCUCUUGUCCGCCAGCCUUUGCCAGCUGCCAAUUCAUCCCGCUUCACAACAGCAGCAGCUGCAGUUCCUGCCUCGAAAGCAAGCUCUACCCGGCAACAGCUAUUGCAGCAGUCACCAACAGGACAGAAAACUAGUCGGGUCAAGGGUGGAGUAGCCGAAGGAGACAAGCUGCCUCCACAGGUUACGCCAACAAGGAGCUCGGUGCUGUUGGGAGCUGUCCAUGCUGGGGAUGGUGCUGAAGAGCAGCCUGCCUCAUUCCUGGUCUCGGCUGGAGGGUGUCCCAGACCAAAUCCAGGGUCUGCAGCCGAAGCACGAGAGGCACCUCCCAAAGACACCGAGUUUACAGGUCCUAGAGUUGGAGAGCAACAGCUUGUAUCUGGAGGGAAGGGGGAAAGGGUGGGCAGUUUUGUGCUUUCUCAGCUUCCAUCCAAGAACUGGAACAGGGGUAAAACAAACAAGCAGAAGAGUGCAGGAGAGGCAACUUCAGCUUCUUCGUCUUCUUGUGGUUCAGGGAAAGGCCAGGCUCUAUCAGUGAACAAUGGCAACUACUGGAAAGAAGGAUGCCUCCAAAAUGAGCUCAUUCAGUUUCAUCUCAGGAAAGGGUUAUCAGCAACCCAGAUGCAGAACAAAGGUAACAACAAAGCUAACGGUAACGGGGGCAGUUUGCCCUCCUCAACAUCCUUACCCAUCGUGCUGCCUGCAAAUGAAGGUAGCAAUGGCCUCAGUGGAACUGUGGAAGUCAACAUGACUCAGGAAUCCCAGCAGCAGGAGCUGCAGGAAGAGAUGGAGAAACUGGAGGAGGAGAAUGAAAACCUCAAGAAUGAAAUAGACGAACUUAGAACUGAAAUGGAUGAAAUGAGGGACAGCUUUUUUGAAGAGGAUGCUUGCCAGCUUCAGGAAGUGCGCCAUGAAUUAGAGAGAGCUAACAAAAACUGUAGAAUCCUUCAGUAUCGUCUUCGAAAAGCAGAACGGAAGAAGCUCCGCUAUGCACAGACUGGAGAAAUCGAUGGAGAACUUCUCCGUAGCUUGGAACAGGAUUUAAAGGUUGCAAAAGAUGUUUCCGUAAGGCUUCACCAUGAGUUGGAAAAUGUGGAAGAAAAACGCUCCACCACAGAAGAUGAAAACGAAAAGUUGAGGCAGCAGCUGAUAGAAGCUGAGAUUACUAAACACGCUCUUCAGAAUGAAUUUGACAAAAUAAAAGAGUCCAUGAAAAGAAGAGGAAGCAAAGAUUUGCAAAAAUCAGAAAAAAAGUCACAGCAGAUGUCCGCUGAGGAGGACAGUGAAGAUCUGAAAUGCCAAUUGCAAUUUGUCAAAGAAGAGGCUACUCUGAUGAGAAAAAAAUUAGCCAAAGUUGACAAGGAAAAGGACAGAUUUGAGCAUGAUCUUCAGAAGUAUCGGUCAUUUUAUGGUGAUCUAGACAGCCCCUUACCAAAAGGGGAAGCAGGAGGUCCACCUAGCACAAGAGAAGCAGAACUCAAGCUCCGUCUGAGGUUAGUAGAGGAAGAAGCCAAUAUCCUUGGAAGGAAAAUCGUGGAACUGGAAGUGGAAAACAGAGGACUGAAAGCAGAGCUUGAUGACUUAAGAGGAGAUGAUUUCUCCGGGGAAGCCAACCCCCUCCUGGGAGAACCGAAUGAAUCUGUCUCAGAGUUACGACAACAUCUGCAGUUAGUUGAAGAUGAAACUGAACUGUUGAGGAGGAACUUAUCUGAUGCAGAAGAACAAAACAAACGUGUCACUGCAGAGCUGAACAAAUACAAAUACAAGACUGGAACUCACGAUAGUUCACGACACCAUGACAGCGCCAAGACGGAAAUGCUUCAGGAAGAAUUGAAGGCUGCCCGCAUGCAAAUUAAUGAACUCAGUGGCAAAGUGAUGCAGCUCCAAUAUGAGAACAGGAUACUGUUGUCCAACAUGCAGCGCUAUGAUUUAGCCUCUCAUUUGGGGAUCCGAGGGAGUCCCAGGGACAGCGAUGCUGAAAGUGAGGCAGGGAAGAAAGAAAGUGACGAAGAUUCCCGUCCCCCUCACCGCAAAAGAGAAGGGCCCAUUGGUGGAGAAAGUGACUCAGAGGAGGUCCGCAACAUCCGUUGCUUGACCCCUACAAGAUCCUUCUAUCCAACCCCGGUAAGUUGGCAGAAAAGCUUUAAUGACCGGCAACAAACCAAGGACAUCCGCUGUGAAGCUGAACGCCUGGGCAAAACUAUUGACCGCUUGAUUUCUGACACCAGCACUAUCAUAACUGAGGCGAGAAUUUACGUGGCAAAUGGGGACCUGUUUGGACUUCUGGAUGACGAAGACGAUGGAAGUAGGAUACGGGAGCACGAACUUCUUUAUCGGAUCAAUGCCCAGAUGAAGACGUUUAGGAAAGAGCUCCAGGCCUUCAUUGACAGGCUAGAAGUUCCAAAGCCUUCCGAUGACCGAAGUACAGAUGAACCUUUGUCAGUGAGUCAGAUGUUCCAGCCUAUCAUUUUACUUAUUCUCAUCCUUGUCUUGUUUUCAUCCCUUUCUUACACAACAAUAUUUAAACUUGUCUUUCUUUUCACAUUGUUCUUUGUGCUGUAGACAUUUUUUAAUCGUUUUAGCAUUUGUUAUAGAGUUAUUUUCAGUUUGUUUUAUGUUGUCCAUCUUCCCAAGCUACGAAGUUCAAGAGCUAUAGUUUGUGUAGUAAUCACUGCUGUAAAAACACUGAAGACUGUUCGAUAGGAAGAAGACAAACCAACCUCCAUGCCAAAAUGCAGAUGUUGCAAGCAGCCCAAACCAAAGAGCUCCACAAUCAAAUCUGAACUAGCGUCAUCCAAAUAGUCAGGAUCUAGAACUUCAUUUGGAUUUGGAAUGUCCGUCUAGAGAUUGAAUGGAACAGCUGCUGAGGAACAGUUUAUCUCUUUGUGUGGUCAAAGGAAUACUUUCUUCACUAUGCCUUGCUACAGAUUAAAAUUACGAAAUGAUCUGGCUUGUCUUCAAGAGAAAAAAACACUGGAUCAUGAUGAUGCUGAAUUCUAGAAUUUUCUGCAAUUAGAUUUAGAUAGUAAUGGAUUACCACUAUUCUAUGGAGACAAACAGCUGCACUGGUCUCAAUCCUGAGAGGUACACUUGAAAGUUCUGACAUGAAAGAAAAACUUCCGGGGGAGGGGGGACGCACUAACAUCAGCCAGGAGAAUGGGGGAAACUUCAUUUCUUUUGUGCCCCUGAACCAGAAGUAGUAUUCAGCAGGUUCUGACCAGUUCUGGAGAACCGGAAGUGGAAAUUUUGAGUAGUUUGGAGAACCGUGACUACAGCAAGGCCUGAUUAUAUAGAACAUUCCUGAAUGUGGAACAUAUUACAGCUAAUGAGCAUGUCAGAACACCUGAUUAUUCUUUUGAGGAGCUUUUGCAAUAAACAAGAAUUUCCUGUAAUAACUCUGUUUGAAGAUUCUAAAAGGUGCGUGAUAAGUAUGCACAUUGUCUCAAUUAUUUUUAACAAGAAUAGCAUAUACCAGUAGAUUAAAAUUGGAAGAUAUGACAGCUGGAAUGGAAAUACUAAUCAACUGAAGUAUGCAGAUGAUACUAGUUCAUUAGCUGAAAUAAAAAAGAUAUAGCACAUUAGGAGACUAGAAAUGGAAUGUAAAAAUGUCAGUUAAUGUUAAAUACAAAGAAGACAAAGAUACUGAUAAUUAGCAUGCUUAGUGCAUUCAGAACAGGGGUGGGUUCUACUUACCUUUACUACCAGUUCGCAAUGGAGCCCCACACCCCGCUUUUGCGCAUGCACAGAAGCUUCCUGAUGAUGUCGGAGUCGGUGGGCGGAGCCUCCGCCGGUUUUACUACAGGUUCUAUAGAACUGGUCCGAACCGGGGGCAACCCACCACUGAUUCAGAAGUAAUGGUGAAGAAGUGAAAGUAGUCAAUACUUUGGAUGUUAUUAAAACUGAAUAAAAUACUAAAAUUGGCAAUGCGCUAGAAAAGGGAAAAACUUAAUUUUAGGGAGGAAAGCAGUGGCAAAUUCAAAGAAGAGCAUGUGGAAAUAUUAGAACAGUUAAAUAUACCUGCAAAGCUGGACAUUAAGAACAAGUGAAGAAUAGUUGAUGGUUAAUAAGAAUAUCCUGAGUCGCAAGAAGAACCAAUCAAUGAAAUAAAGGCAAUGAUCAGAAAUGGAAAUAUAUGUUUUUGGGGCAUGUAUUUGAGUAGAUGAUGGACUAAAAAAUGACUAAGUUUGGCAGGGCUGAGGGAAGCAGAAGAGGAGGAAGAUAACAGGAAGAUGUCAGGGUUGAUUGACAGAAUUAGAGAUAUCAAUAGAAUAAUCUUGGGACUGAUUAUCACCAGAUACUGGUCAAAACGGAAGGCCUUGGUCAUUGUCAUCACCAGAACUUGGGCCUGACUCUAUGGCUUGUAAUUGAUUUACAAAAUGGUUCCAAUAUAAAACCUACAAUUUGUCCUUAAAAGAAGAGGUCUUUUAUUGGCUCCUCAUGCAUUGAUGCUGUCUUCUUAAAUUGUGCUGAUGCAGCUGGCCAAAGGCAGCCAGAAAAGCCUUGGAAGAUUGCUCAGAGUUCAGCCUGAUGCCCCACCCAUCCUGAGGUGGGGUCACUGCAUUCCAGGGCAGCUACAGCUGUUGAUGUGCCUUAAAAGAUAGGCAUAGGCAGAAUUCAUUCUGUCCAGGCGGUAGGGGGAAAAAAUACCAGAUUUGGUUUUUAUUUAAAAUUAAUCUUUCUGUCAGCCAGAGUUUGAUAAUACUUGUUGUUCUUUAAAACAGCUGCUGCAGCAGCAGUGCUAUUUGUACAGCUUGACUCAACAAAGCAUACUAAAAUUAUAUAGAAAAAGGCAAGUACCGGUAUAUCUUACAAAAGAAAUCUAAAACUGCCUAUUGUCGAAUGCUUACCCUGGCUGCUUUGACAAGGUUAAGAACUCUGCUCCACUAUAAAACCUAAAAAUGUCCUGGCCAUGAAUUUGUUUAUGUAAAAUAUGAGAAGAUCUAAGGUUACAGGACUUGGGAUUGGAAGAGCUUUUAAAACCAACCUCUGAAGGCUGACGUCACGUGGAAACCAGCUGCUGGGAUGAUGCUAAACGGAACUGUUUGUCAGUUUGCAGAAAAUUGCAAAGUUGAACUAACGUUGCUGUAAGGACUUUGUCUUGAUAGAGACGCUGAUGCUUCAUCUCUCUUUGAAGGGUCAUUCUUUGCAGAACUGGAAAGGCUUUUUCUCACCUUCUUUUCACUCCUGGUUUCACUUGGAUGGAAGGGAUUCUUCCACUGCAAAGGGGGAAAUCUGAAGCUAGGAAGUGACUUGCCACAGACUGAAUCCAGGAAAAAAAAGGACUGCAAAUUCAGAUUUUCUGGAUUCUGACCCCACAACCUUGUUGCCUAAAACCACAUGUCAACUUUGCAGAUACAUGCAAAUUUGCUAGGACCCUCUGGGUAAAGAGCUACCAUAAGACAGGCAUAAACCCCCCAAAAGUUCCUGGACCCCAAGUUGGUUGGAGCAAAUAUUUAUAGCAAAGCUGGGAAGAAAAAAACCCUGCACUACCUGGAGCUUCAAACAG